AUGCUCAAAAGGUAUCAAUCCCGAUCGUUCCAGAUCUCGAGUGCAACAAAAGCAGAUUUUUCUCAUGUAGUUAUAGGUGGAGGAAUAGUUGGUACUGCUAUCGGAGCAGAAUUACAGUCAAUUGAAGGAAAUAACGUUCUUAUAGCUGAAAAGAAUGAACACUUGGGUAUGGAAACCACAUCUAGAAACUCAGAAGUAAUACAUGCGGGCAUCUAUUAUCCUAAGGAUUCGCUUAAGGGUCAACUUUGUAUCAAAGGUAAGCAGAAAAUUUAUGAAGCAUUUGAAAAAGGUGAUUUCCAAGUGCCACUACAGAAAUGUGGGAAGUGGGUAGUGGCUCAAAAUGAUUCAGAGAAGGAAUAUCUUGAUAAAAUGUACAAUUUUGCAAAAGACUUGGAUGUACCAGUGUCUUUCGUUCCAACGUCUUUAGGGAAUGAAAAACUACCUUUAAUCAGAGCCGAGUCGGCAAUUUUAGAAUCGCCAACGACUGGAAUCAUAUCAGCUCAUGACUACACUACAUUCUUUCUCACUCAGUUUGAGCUCCAUGAGGGUACCCUCGGGUUGAAGACGGAAUUGGUUGACGUGCAGUACGAUUCAUCAACUCCAUGUUAUCGUUUAAACUUUAAAGAGUCUGACACUGGAAAUUUUUUUGAAAUUACUACCGAUAAUUUAAUAAAUUCUGCUGGACUAUAUGCUCAAAAGGUCGCUAAUAUGGUAUUAACUCCUGAUAGGCAUUUUAAAAGUUACUUUAGUAAAGGAACUUAUUUUUCAUAUUCUCCUAUAGACCCAAUUAAAACUAGUUCCAUCACAGAUAAAUUGAUCUACCCUUGUCCCAACCCCAAUGCCUCAUCCCUAGGUACUCAUCUCACCUUUGACCUAGGCGGACAAUUAAGGUUUGGCCCAGAUGCUCAAUGGUUAGACAUUGAAAGUGCCGAUGCCAUAGAUUACGCUGCAAACGAUAAAAACUUGACUAAGGCAUACGAAGCCAUCGCAAGCUACUUCCCCAAGAUCAAGUUAGAAGAAUUAUCUGCUUCUUAUUCUGGUGUAAGACCAAAGCUUUACUCGAAAGAAGACAGUACUAAAAAAUUUUCGGAUUUUUACAUAAAGGAAGAAGAAGGGUUUAAAGGGUUUGUGAACUUGAUUGGGAUCGAAAGUCCUGGAUUGACUUCAUCAUGGGCUAUAGCUGAUUACGUAAAGAACAUUUAUCACGGUCUGUCAUGA